AUGGAUAUUAGGAAAUUCUUUGAAAGAGGGACAACACGCGAAAAAAGAAAAAAAGGUCGGGAAAGUAGCAGUGGAAGCGAUGAAAAUGACAACCAUGAUAAAACUACUCAUGUAAUGCCAAGAUCAUUGCAUGCUAACAUUGGACAAGCGUCACAUUCUCCAGCAAAACCUGUAAAUAUAUCUGUUGCCGACUAUUCUUCUCCAUCGACAUCCCAACAAACUUAUGACGUCAACGUCGAUCCUGAAAUUAUAGUGGACGAUGGCUAUCAUGAAAAUGAUCUGGGUCGUUAUGUUGGGUUGGCUACCCAGCUAUCGACGGAAAAGAAGAGGGAGUUGUUACAAAAUCCUUGGAUCCCGCCCAGAAAUUACGAUUUUGAGAAUAUAAUAAGUGAGGUUCAGAAGACCAUGGCUUAUGCAGUCUUAGCUGAUGAAAAAGCAGACGUAGCUGGGAAAGAACAGCUGUCAAUAGGCGUGCGGUUCUACGACGAAAGCAAAAGGAAAAUCAGAGAAGAAUUUGUAGGGUUCGUUGAACUAAAAGCACAAAAUGCUUCAGCAAUUGCCGAAGCAAUUGACAAUUUCUUGUUUAGUUCUAACCUCCCAACCGAAGAUUGCGUAGGAUUUGGAUUCGAUGGCUGUUCUACAAUGGCAGGGAAAGAGGGUGGCGUACAAGCCAUUUUGAGAAAAAAAUAUCCUCGUGCUUUAUAUUUUCAUUGCUCAAGUCACAAAGUCAACCUUGUUGUGAAUGAUGCGAACGCAGUGCCAGAAAUUAGAAAUACUGUCGCCACUGUAAAGGAUGUUAUAACGUUUUUCAGAGAAUCGACUACACGUCGAAACUACGCUCCAAACCUACCACGAUUGUGUGAGACGAGAUGGUCCGAAAAAUAUAAAUCAAUCAGAAAGUUUUCUCAACAUUUCCCAGAGCUUGUGAAAUCUCUAGAAACGUUAUCCGUAGAGGGAAAUUAUGCCACCAGAAAAUCUGCAUAUCAGUUGCAUUCAGCCGUUACAAAACCAGUGUUUAUUGUUGCUCUACAAACAAUAGCCAAAUAUUCAGCAGUUUUAGAACCAGUAGUUAACGCACUGCAAGCUAAAUCGAUCGACAUGAUCUCGGUGGGGGAACACAUCAAACAUAUCAAGGACAUUCUCAGAAAUGACCGCGAGUUUCCUGAUAGAAUAAGUAAUGAAAUGCUUCAAAAAGCGCGAGCUGUUGCAAUGGAUUUGAACAUAGAAAUUUCGGUUCCACGUCUUGCUCACAAGCAAACACAUAGAAGUAAUCCGCCAUCAGACAAUGAUAACGAAUAUUGGCGGCGUUCCCUGAUAAUACCAUACAUUGAUUCACUCAUUUCAUCGUUGAAUAUUCGAUUCUCCCAAGAAAAUACUCCGGCGUUUGCUUUAAGUAAGCUACAUCCCUUGUAUAUGACCAAAACCAGCAUUACAGACUUACACAAGAACGCAGAAUCAUUCCAAGAAUUUUAUAACCUGGAUAUCACCGGAGAACUGGACCUUUGGCAUAAUUUAUGGGUGAAGAAGGCUUUAUCAGAUGAUCAAUUAAGGGACAUAGAAGUAGUUGAUCUGUUCAACGAAGCCAACAUUUUUUACCCUGCUGUCAGAAAGGCAUUGAUUAUUUUAAGCACUAUCCCAUGCACCACGGCGACCGUAGAACGGUCCUUCAGUACGCUGCGAAGAGUUAAAACGUGGCUUAGAAGCACCAUGGGUGAAGAAAGGCUUACAGGUUUAUGUCUGAUGAGCGUACAUCGCAAUUAUUUAAAAGAAGACAGUGAGUUUAUUGAAAAGACUGUCAUAGACAAAUUUUCGGCAAAUCCAAGAAGAUUACUGUUAAAUUAA